AUGGGCAGAUGUAGAGGGUCAGCUGCUGCGGCGGCUGCAGCAGCUGGAGCAGCAGCAAAUGCAGCAGCAAGCAAUAGAAUUGGGAGUAGAGGAAGCGGCACGUCUUCUCUCAGCCUAUGCUGCAGCUCUGCGAGAACCGCCUCAGGAGUUGUUGCAGUUGCUGCACCUCUUACUGAGACCGCAGUUGGCAGAACAACGCCACCAGCAGCAGCAACAAAAGGCUGCACUGCACCGCCACACUCACCAGCGACUGAGCCCUUCUGCGAAGCUAGACCUCACAGCAGCCAGUACUGCAGCAGCAGCAACUCUGGACCAGCGAGCAGCAGCACGGUGCAACAGGAAGUGCAGAGUUGCCUGCACACAGGUGUUGCAGCGAUUUUUGAUAUUGACGUAUUGAGACCCUCCGGGAGCGCACAUAAUAGUUGA